AAGUGAGCUGGACAGUGUUAUUGUAUACGGGUUGACGAGUGCAAGAAAACAAUUGCUUCGCGGUAUUGGUUAGCAGUAUCGACGCUGUCGUUUGUGGAUUGUCCGAUACGCUCCUGCGUGGCAAGAUUAUUCAGAUGUUCUGCGACGCUGCUCACUGUACCGACCACAUAGCGCUCCGAUAGCCCAGCACGUGUGACUCCGGAAAAGAAAAUGUCCUCUGCUUAUGCAUCUCUAGAAAAUAACUGGAAGUUACGUGCCCAAAAUGAAGUACUAGAAGACCCUGACAAAGUUGUGGACAAUAUUUCAGCUCUGAAGAACCUUCUUCGAGAUGAGCCUGAAUUGUACCCAAGGACUGAUGACACAUUUCUUCUUGCAUUUUUAAGGGCAAGAAAACAUGAUGUUAAUGAAGCAUUUACACUGCUGAAAAGAUUCUACGAAGUAAAGAAGAAUUAUCCAGUACACUUUGAAGAUUGUCUCCCAACAGAGAAAGGAUAUGUUUAUGAUAUAGAAGGACUGACUGUCCUAGAUCAGUGUGAUAAUGAUGAACGAAUUGUCAUUGUGUUAAGGGUUGAAAAAGCUGAUUUGAAGAAAGUGACAAUAGAAAACUUAUUUCAACAACUAUCAACAACACUUUCCUUUUUUCUUGAGGACCAACAUGUGCAGAUUUCUGGGAUAAAUAUUAUCAUGGAUCUAAAAGGAUUUGGAUUUAAGCAUCUGUUUGCUCUCACGCCUUCAUCUGCACUGUUGUUAACAAGAUUAUUUCAGGAUUGUUUUCCCAUCAGGCUUAAAGCUAUCCAUGUGGUAAAUGAGCCUAUUUUUAUUGGUUCGCUGUUUUCUUUAUUCAAACCAUUCAUAAAGGAAAAACUGAGGAAACGUAUUCACUUUCAUGGUACUAAUUUGUCCUCACUGCAUGCUUAUUUACCAUAUGAAAUUUUACCACGCCAGUUGGGAGGAAUGGUGCCUGACUUCAAUUUCACUACAUUCAGAAGGAUUUUUGAAGAAAAUGAAGAUGUAAUUAGAGGAUGGAGGAAGUUUGGUUACAACAAAACACUACAAAAUUAUAUCAUGAAGUAGUAAGUUGUGCCGUUUCCAUGAAGGUAAAAGCAAUAUGAAGAAGUUAUCAACAAUAUCUCACAAGCAAUAGCUGCCAAUGAAACCCCAUUGCUUGGAUUUUCGCUGGAUUUCCAUCUGCUGAGAAUGCUUACUGCAAACACACACACACACACACACACACACACACACACACACACACACACACACACACACACACACAUUGAUGAGCCAAGUCAUUAUGAUCACUGCCCGUGAUGAUAAGGGAAGCAUGUAAGGGGAGAAAAAAUGAAUGGUGUGCCAUUCUCAUGAUGAUAUGAGGCGAAAACUGGGAAAUCCGUAAGUGACUUUGAUGAAGGACAGAUUGCUGUGGCACAGAGCCAGGGAAUAAGCAUCUUGUAAAUGAGAAAUAUGGUUUGCUGCUCACAUGCUACUCUCAUGAGAACUUAUGGAAAGUCGUUGAAAUAUGGUGAAACUAUGAGCACACAAGAUGUUGACCAGCUGCACCUCAGUGUAGAACUUGUAAAUCUAGGUUUGUCCACUCAGUAAAGCAGGUAGCAGCAAUCUGUGGCAGAUUUGGCAACAGACAGUGCUGGUACAGGCACAAAUGUUUUGGAGCACACCAUUCAGCACACAUCAUAGUACAUGGGUCUCCCCAGAAGACCAUCCCAAUGAUUUCCUUUGUUGUCCCAACGAUGCUGUCAAUAAUAAUUGCAGUGUGCAUGGAAUCAUCAAGAUUGUACUGUGGACCUAUGGAAAUUUGUUGCUUAGUCAGAUGAAUCAUAUUUCUUGUUACAUCAUGCUGAUUUUUGUAUCUACCAUCAACCAUGUGAAUGGCUGCUGGAAACAUGUAUUUUCCCAUGGACACAGGCUGGGGGAGGGGGUGUGGGCAACAAGUUAUCCUAUGAAGAACAUUCACCUGGGAAUCUGUGAGAUCUGCAGUAAUAAUUGAAGACAUCAUGGCAGCUAUGGACUAACACAGGUAUGGUCCAAUAAGACAUGUCGAAACAUUUCCUGAAAAUUUUUACACAGGAAGAAGAUAACAAAAGAAAUGAACUGACAAAAUUUUAGCUGCUAAGGGGCACUGCUGGUAUUUUGUAAAAAAUGUUGAAGUUACACAUUUUUACCACAUGAAGAACAGCUAAUAACAGUGGUUUGUGCAGCCCUGCCCACCUAGCACGCGACUCGGCGAAUUCACGCAGUGCCGUGUAGCGGAAUUAUCCUGAGUUCACAGACACCAAUUCUAAGCACCUAAAGCCUGGUUUACAAUGGAGCAAACGGAAGCAGACACAUGUGAAUGAGCAUUUGCACAAAACCCACUACCAUUUGCUUGUAUAUGGGUAGAAUCAUUUAUGCCAGAGGGAAUGGAAGGGAAGACAAGGGAACAGACUUUGCAUAUGAAUGCUGUGUUAUUAGUUUUUAGUUGUUGGAGGUAAUAGUCUGCAUACUGGAUACAACUCUACCUUGUUAGAGCACAAUGUGAAACUUUGCUAUGCAGUGAGGAUCAUUUUGCACAAUGAGCGCACUGUUCUUGACAGAGUUACAAAACAGCACAGGGAAGGAAGACUGUAAGUGUCUCAGUUUGUAUGGAAGCGUGACAUGCAUGGAGAUCAUGCACUUUACACAGAAUUGCACCUCUAUCUCUCCUUAACACUGGUCCAAAAGUUUCCUUGUAUGCCGGCUGCCAUUUUUCCCUGACUUCUCAUAACCAUUGGGGGGGGGGGGGGGAGGGGGGGGGGAAUUUAUAAACAGGAAACUAAUUACCGACGUCGAGCUUCAUCUCAAGAGGUAACACAGCUAGUGUGUAGGGUCUAAUGGUCAUAUCCUUUGACUUUUUUUUCUAAAGCAAAAAUGGUCUAGUGGCAAAGCAUGGCAUCAAAUCCUGUUCAGACCACAACUUUUCACUAUGAUUUUUAACUGAGAAUUCACUUCUCACAGAUGUUGGAGUGGCCACAAAAAACGUGUCGUUUGGGUUCCACAUUAAACUGCAGGUCUCCAUUUUAUGAUUAGACAUCUGGAUAAGUUUAGGGUGUAAGUAGCUGCAGUGGCAUCCAGUAGAAAGACGUGCAAGAGGCAUAAUAGGUACACCAAACAGAAUUCUCUUUUGCUUGUGGUUGUUAGCUUGUUUGCUCUGGUGAAAAGCUGGCUUAAACUGUACACAUAUUUUUUUGAAUAACUUCAUAUCGACAGUUCAAUUCUUGCAGAUGUAAUUCUGACAAAAGUAGCUAACAGAAAAUAAAAUCAAGGCAGUAUUUGAUGUCAAAGAUGACUUACAUCAAUAAGGACUUAUAAUUUGUUAAAAUGAAAUGUGUCUUGCAGUACUACAUUUUAUAACAAUUACUGUAGGCCAUUCCUUAUAAUGAUAUUUGAAUGCUGUACAUUUGACUAUCAGUGAAACAGCUCUUUGUUUAUUCCCUGUAGUUGCCACAAAAAUGCGAAGUGUCUAGCGAUUGACAAAAACAAACAUUUUCCUUGCACCAGGCCCACCAGACAAAGGAAAAAUUGAUGCAAUCAGGCACUUUGCAGUAAACACUAGUUUUAUUUAGACAGAACUGGGAUGGAGUCCUAAAUGGCCUCAGCCAUUGUUCUGCAUAUUGCGCUGCAUACCAGGCAUACUUGAUCAAAUUCGUAAAGCGUGGCAAAGAAUACCGGUAACGCACAAAUGACUGGAGCAUAAAAACACUGUUCAGCAGGUAAACAUGAAAUCAGAGAGAGGUAUCGGAAAUUAGGUUGUCCAAUUAUUUCCUGAAAAAUGCUUUCCACUGUCAAAAAAAUUCUUUAUCGAGAAGUUGAAUCACAUUAAUAGUUCCAGGCAGAAUCCACAUUACAUCUACAGAUUUUUUGUCAUCAUUCACAAAAACCAAGAAUCCAACAAAAGCAAUGAAUUAGUUUCUGCAGAGGAAUACAUUAGGAAUAAAAUGUUGAAAAUUAUUCUUUCCCAUUUUUCCAGGUUUUGAUAUGCUGAUUACAAGAUUUUUGCAACUAACCAGUCCAUUUUUUAUUUUUGCUCCUAAUUUGCCUUGUGGUUCUUGAAGACUGAUAUACAGCUGCCGAAACACUAAAUCACUCAUACUUAUCACUGGCAUUAUCAUAUGUGAAUGUAUCAUUGCUUUAAUUGAUUGGACAACUGACUCUGAAAUCAUAAAGUGCAGUGUGCACGCAGUUCUUUCACGAAACCUGACUGACCAGCAUGAUAAACAUCAGUUGCGGGGAUAAAAGUUUCAUCUUUACAUCAGCUACAAAUUUCUCUAUAGCAUUGUCUAUCACUGGCAGCUGCUCUACACGUUUACAAGAUGUAAAUUUGGUAAAUUGAUGACUUCCUAUCCUGUACAAUUUCUUGAACCUGCGUAGCAAGGUCGACAAAGCCGGGAAAUUAGCAAUGUUCAUGUCAGGUGCAAUUCGGAGGGCCCAGUGUCAUAGGUCUUGAUUGGUAAUGGUACAUAGCCUAUAACAAGCAGUUCUAAAUCUUUUGAACAGUUUUUCAUUCAGAUGGUUUCAGGUUUCUGUUUGUUGCGUACUUCUUACUUCAUGUAAUUCAUUCCUCCAUGUGCACAAUUCCUGAAAUGAAAACUCUUUUGCACACUAUGUAACUUCAAUCAUUUUUUCCCUUCUUCAUUUAACCAUUAUUCCACUGCCUUUCCUUUGUCACUGAAAGCUGUUGCGGUACAUAUUUUUUUUAGGCUUGGAUGGUAUUUUUCUUCAGAAGUGUUACUGGCACAACUAACAUUGUCUGAACCACAGUUCAUGGAAUCAUCACAGUUAUUUCCUAUUUCUUAUUACACAUCCACAGUUUCAAACAAAAUGUUGAUACAAUUCAAAUGAACGUCCAGGAAAUCAACUAACAAAUGACAAUUAUAUACGUCCUCAGGAGAAGUAAGUGAUUUCAGCUGGAAACCACAUUCUUCAUAUUUCAUCAUUGCUAAAUUGAGAACAUUAAUUGGAUUCCACAUUUCUGUGAAACUGGAAUAAAACAAAGGUACUAUUAGCAGGAAAGCACAAUAAAUAUUAAUUCAGCUUUAUCUGUAUUCUCAAUACAUACAAAUACUGCAAAAAGCAGAGAAGUCACUUGAGUAGCUAAUUCAAGAGAACAGCAACUGUAGGUUCAGAGUAACUAUCAAUGAACAAUAAUCUGAAAUGUUCUUUACAAAUUAUGAUCAAGUUGUGUCAUUUCCCUUGUUUACAAAUGUACCACCGACUUCAGCUGUGUGUGUGUCUAGUUGCACAUGUGCAGUUGCUGUAGCACCAGUAGGGGUGUACGUUUCCACUGCCACCAUGUUUUAUUGGACUAUUCCCUUGUAAGAGAAGAUUACUGCAGAGUACCUAAAUUCCAUCAUGUCUGAUGUGUUACCAAUGGUAAUGGCAUCUUCCUAGGCUAAAAGUCUUCAUCACAAGGCCAGAAUCAUACUACAGUGGUGAGAGGAGAAUGACAGUGAACUUAUGUUGAUGUUUUGGAUACCAAAUUCACCUGAUGUGUAUGCAGUAGAACGUAUCAGGGACACAAGUGGCUGCUAGUUCCACACCCACCAUCCACAGGCAUAUAAUUUAUGGGAAUUGUGUGGACUUGUGCACAGAUAUUUGGUGCCACAUACCUCUGGAAACCUUCCAAUAACUUGUUGAAUCCCUACAAUGCAGAAUGACAGCAACUAGUUUGAGGAAUCAAAAACAGUUUCUGACCAAUGAUACCCACAAAAGAGAAAGUAUUUUACAAUGUGAUAAAUAAUACUCGAUUUUUGUGUGAAUACAGCUGUUCUAGUUACAUGUGAAUAAAAUUUAGCCAUGUAUCCUUCUCUCAAAGUAUUUUGUGUUAUAUGCUUUCCUGUGAAAUAAACACUUGCACUCAAA